UCUGAAGAUGAAGAUGAUUUUUGUCCACUUUGCGUCGAGGAGAUGGACAUCACGGAUAAGAACUUCAAGCCAUGCCCUUGUGGAUAUCAGAUAUGUCAGUUCUGCUACAACAAUAUAAGAACGAACCCGGAGUUGAACGGGAAGUGUCCAGCCUGUCGUAGACCAUAUGAAGACAAGAACAUAGAAUACCGAAACAUCACGGCUGAGGAGUGGAAGUUGCAGAAGGCCAAGAUUGAGAAGAGAAAGAAGGAGAAAAAGAUAAUAGAAAAGGAGAAGAAAGAUGCAGAGCAAGCCAAGAGACACCAUUUGGCGGGCAUGAGGGUAAUCCAAAAAAAUUUGGUUUAUGUUGUUGGAUUGAACCCGCCUUGCUCGUACGACGAUUUGAUCCCGGUGUUGAAAUCGGAAAAGUAUUUUGGUCAGUAUGGUAAGAUCAAUAAGAUUGUCAUCAAUAAGAGGGCACCGAAUCCAAACAACCCCCACCAUCUAAGUUCAAGCCCGGGCUACGGGGUCUACGUUACCUUUGCCAGAAAGGAAGACGCAACUAAAUGUAUUGCUGCUGUCGAUGGCUCCAUCAGUGAUGGGAAGCUGUUGAGGGCAGCACACGGCACAACCAAGUAUUGCUCGUCCUACUUGAGAGGACAACACUGUCCAAAUCCAAAUUGCAUGUUCUUACAUGAACCUGGUGAGGAAGCCGACUCCUACUCGAGACAGGAC